GGUGGCUGCCCCAGCCGCCUCUCUCCGCCCCGGGUCGCCGCCGCCUGCUCCGCUUUCGGGCUCAGUAGCCUGAAGCAAAAAAGAGAAAAAGAUAAAAAAAAACCUGAAAACGCUUCAAAACCUUAAAAAAAAAAAAGAAAAGAAAAAGGAAAAGAAAAAGCGAGUCCUCUUCGGAGAGCCCGCGGGGAAGUCACUUUCGCACGCUUCCGGCCUGCCCGCGCCUGCCGCCGCCGCGCUCGGCGUCCGUCGGUGUCCGUCCGUCGGUCCGGUGGUGAGCAGCCCGUCCGCCCGCCCGCAGGGCCUGCCGCGUCCGCGCGCCUCCGUCCGUCUGUCCGUCCGUGCGUCCGCGCCGCGUGGCAGCCCCGCGCCCUCGCCCCCGCCGCCGGCCGGCGCACCACGUGUCCGUGCUGCCCUUCGCCGCCGCCUCCCGCCCGGGGCUGGCCGAGUCGGCACCCGCAAAGAUUUAGUUUCCCUCUUCCCUGGCUGUUGUAAUCUUAAACCUCCAGGAGCCCGGGGCCUAUAUUUAUCGAGAAACGCGUGUCCCCAAGGCCGCCGUGGGUAGCAUCUGGCUGCCUCUUGAAGAAUUUUUGACCCCAAGGAAGGGGAUUCCCCGCUUUUAUUCCCCUUAAUUUUUGGAAUUUGGAGCUUCGAGCCAGGACAGCUGGAAACUACAAACUCCCGGAGAGGGCCAUAUUGUUUUUGAGAGCCUUUGUCUGAGGUUUUGCGGUCCCGUGUGAGCUGCCCGAACUCUCUCGUCCUGCCUCUGAGCCUCCCUGCUGCAGCUUCUUCCCAGCCUCGCUCUGUGCCACCUGUGAGCCGCGGCGUGGGCCACGGCUCUGAGAGAAGCCCCUUUUGUCCUGCGGUGGGCCCCKUAAGAAGUCCUCCUGGCGGGGCUCGGGGUGGUGGGGGGCGGGGAGAUGAACGCUGCCGCCAGCAGCUACCCCAUGGCCUCCCUGUACGUGGGCGACCUGCACUCGGACGUCACCRAGGCMAUGCUGUACGAAAAGUUCAGUCCUGCCGGGCCUGUGCUGUCCAUCCGGGUCUGCCGCGAUAUGAUCACCCGCCGCUCCCUGGGUUAUGCCUACGUCAACUUCCAGCAGCCAGCCGACGCUGAGCGGGCCUUGGACACCAUGAACUUUGAUGUGAUUAAGGGAAAGCCAAUCCGGAUCAUGUGGUCUCAGAGGGAUCCCUCUUUGAGAAAAUCUGGCGUGGGAAACGUCUUCAUCAAGAAUCUGGACAAAUCUAUAGAUAACAAGGCACUUUAUGAUACUUUCUCUGCCUUUGGGAACAUUCUGUCCUGCAAGGUAGUGUGUGAUGAGAACGGCUCUAAGGGUUAUGCCUUUGUCCACUUCGAGACCCAAGAGGCUGCCGACAAGGCCAUCGAGAAGAUGAAUGGCAUGCUCCUCAAUGACCGCAAAGUGUUUGUGGGCAGAUUCAAGUCUCGAAAAGAGCGGGAAGCUGAACUUGGAGCCAAAGCUAAGGAAUUCACCAAUGUUUAUAUCAAAAACUUUGGGGGGGUGAAUCUCUACAUUAAGAACUUGGAUGACACCAUUGAUGAUGAGAAAUUAAGGAAAGAGUUUUCUCCUUUUGGAUCAAUCACCAGUGCUAAGGUAAUGCUGGAGGAUGGAAGAAGCAAAGGGUUUGGGUUCGUCUGCUUUUCAUCUCCUGAAGAGGCGACCAAAGCAGUCACUGAAAUGAAUGGACGCAUUGUGGGCUCCAAGCCACUGUAUGUUGCCUUGGCCCAGAGGAAGGAAGAGAGAAAGGCUCACCUGACCAACCAGUAUAUGCAGCGGGUAGCUGGGAUGAGAGCACUCCCUGCCAAUGCCAUCUUAAAUCAGUUCCAGCCUGCAGCUGGUGGCUACUUUGUGCCAGCAGUUCCACAGGCUCAAGGAAGACCUCCAUAUUACACACCUAACCAGUUAGCACAGAUGAGGCCUAAUCCACGCUGGCAACAAGGUGGGAGACCUCAAGGCUUCCAAGGAAUGCCAAGUGCUAUACGUCAGACUGGGCCUCGUCCAACUCUUCGCCAUCUGGCUCCAACUGGGUCUGAGUGCCCGGACCGCUUGGCUAUGGACUUUGGUGGGGCUGGUGCCGCCCAGCAAGGGCUGACUGACAGCUGCCAGUCUGGAGGUGUUCCCACAGCUGUGCCAAACCUUGCACCACGUGCUGCAGUUGCUGCUGCUGCUCCUCGGGCUGUAGCACCAUAUAAGUAUGCCUCUAGUGUCCGCAGCCCUCACCCUGCCAUACAGCCUCUNGAAGAGAGAAAGGCUCACCUGACCAACCAGUAUAUGCAGCGGGUAGCUGGGAUGAGAGCACUCCCUGCCAAUGCCAUCUUAAAUCAGUUCCAGCCUGCAGCUGGUGGCUACUUUGUGCCAGCAGUUCCACAGGCUCAAGGAAGACCUCCAUAUUACACACCUAACCAGUUAGCACAGAUGAGGCCUAAUCCACGCUGGCAACAAGGUGGGAGACCUCAAGGGUCUGAGUGCCCGGACCGCUUGGCUAUGGACUUUGGUGGGGCUGGUGCCGCCCAGCAAGGGCUGACUGACAGCUGCCAGUCUGGAGGUGGUGUUCCCACAGCUGUGCCAAACCUUGCACCACGUGCUGCAGUUGCUGCUGCUGCUCCUCGGGCUGUAGCACCAUAUAAGUAUGCCUCUAGUGUCCGCAGCCCUCACCCUGCCAUACAGCCUCUACAGGGCGAACGUUUGUUUCCACUUAUCCAAACAAUGCAUUCAAACCUGGCUGGAAAGAUCACAGGAAUGCUGCUGGAGAUUGAUAACUCUGAGCUGCUACACAUGCUGGAGUCCCCUGAGUCUCUCCGCUCCAAGGUGGAUGAAGCUGUGGCGGUUCUACAAGCUCAUCAUGCCAAGAAAGAAGCUGCCCAGAAGGUGGGCGCUGUUGCUGCUGCUACCUCUUAGACGAGGAAAAACCAGUUCAAAAGCCAAAUAAUAACCCCUGGUGGAAAUCAGCUCAAGGUUUGAAGACUUCCUAGCUUGUCCUAUGGACCUCAACGUCAAGAACCACAAGUUGCAAAUUUAUUAGGUCAUUUUGUAUCAAAAGGUCAAUUAUGAAAACGCCUAGAAUUUUUCAAUUAUAAGAAUAUAUUCUUCUGGGUUCUACUAUAGCCCAGACAGUGUUAAUUUUUUUUCUACUAUGGGAUUUGGUCAUUACCUGCCUCCCCGUGAAAUUGGUUUUAUUUGAUGUACCCAAGUCUUAAGUUUCGCAAUAAAGAAAAAAAA